ACGUUUGCCUUUGUACAAAAAUGCAUUGGACUGUAUUUUUACUUAGGGGUAUUGUGGGCUUCCUCUGGAGCAGCUGGGUUCAAGUGGGUUAUGCCAAAGGAGGCUUGGGAGACAAUCAUGUUCACUCCAGUUUUAUUUAUAGAAGACUACGGAACCACGAAAGACGGGAAAUACAGAGGGAAAUUCUCUCUAUUCUGGGUUUGCCUCACAGACCCAGGCCCUUUUCACCGGGGAAGCAAGCAUCUUCUGCACCCCUCUUUAUGCUGGAUCUGUACAACGCCAUGGCCAGCGAAGAAAACCCUGAGGAGUCAGAAUAUUUAGUGAGGGUAUCCCUGGCUGGAGAGGCUAAAGAGACAAGAAAGGGAUACCCAGCCUCUCCCAAUGGGUAUGCACAUCGUCUGCACUUACCUCCAAGGAUUCCUCUGACUACCCAGAGCCCACCUCUUGCCAGUCUACACGAUACCAAUUUUCUGAAUGAUGCUGACAUGGUCAUGAGUUUUGUCAACCUAGUUGAAAGAGACAAAGACUUUUCUCAUCAGAGAAGGCAUUACAAAGAAUUUCGGUUUGAUCUGACCCAAAUUCCACAUGGAGAAGCAGUGACGGCAGCUGAAUUCCGGAUUUAUAAGGACAAAAGCAACCAUCGGUUUGAAAAUGAAACAAUUAAGAUUAGCAUAUAUCAGAUCAUCAAGGAAUACACAAAUAGGGACGCAGAUCUUUUUCUGCUAGAUACAAGGAAGGCACAAGCUUUAGAUGUGGGUUGGCUUGUCUUUGAUAUCACCGUGACCAGCAAUCAUUGGGUGAUUAAUCCACAGAACAAUUUGGGCUUACAGCUCUGCGCAGAGACGGGGGAUGGACGCAGCAUCAAUGUAAAAUCUGCCGGUCUCGUGGGAAGACACGGGCCUCAGUCAAAGCAGCCGUUCAUGGUGGCCUUCUUCAAGGCAAGUGAGGUUCUUCUUCGAUCUGUGAGAGCAGCCAGCAAACGGAAAAACCAAAACCGCAAUAAAUCCAGCUCUCAUCAGGACCCCUCCAGGAUUCCCAGUGCUGGAGAUUAUAAUACCAGUGAACAGAAACAAGCUUGCAAGAAGCACGAGCUCUAUGUGAGUUUCCGCGAUCUGGGAUGGCAGGACUGGAUCAUAGCACCAGAAGGAUAUGCCGCAUUUUAUUGCGAUGGAGAAUGUUCUUUUCCACUUAACGCCCACAUGAAUGCCACUAACCAUGCCAUAGUCCAGACUCUGGUACACCUGAUGUUUCCUGACCAUGUUCCCAAGCCCUGUUGUGCUCCAACCAAACUAAAUGCCAUCUCGGUCCUGUACUUUGAUGACAGCUCCAAUGUAAUUUUGAAAAAGUACAGAAAUAUGGUAGUCCGUUCAUGUGGCUGCCACUAGCUGGACGUUCUAGUGAUAACAAUGAAACAGAUCUGUGUUAUGUUUAUGACCGCAAUAAAAAGCAGGGAAAUGGGGAAUUUCCUAAAAUCGAUCUGGGUCAUUUCAUCUCUAUGUAUGAUAAUCAUGUAUAUACACUUCUUAUUUAUUUAAAAUGAUAUAUUCUCUUUCGGAUGCCUUACCAGUAAAAUCUGUUAAAGAUCCCCAUAUUAUAUAAUAGAUUCCUAUUCUAGCUUUCGUUGGGGUGUGAUGAGUCCAGUUUAAUUCUAUGCCAACAUUUUUCUCAAUGCUAAUAUAAAUGAUUUUCUGAUAUUAAGUAGAGCUCCUCUGAGAGUUUAAUGUUGAAGGGAAAUGAAUGCAUUUGACAUGUUGCACUAACUCAAACUAAAAUGGAAUAUCUAGAAAGAAAGUUGCUAACAGCCAAAAUUAUAAAAACCACAUUGUUUACCAUUUGUGCUUCUUUGGUAAAGGUAAAAUGUUGAACUGGAUUUGAAUUAGUGAACGGUAGGCUGGGGACAGAGGUUGGAAGACUGCGUAAUUCUUUUAACUCUUCCCUUUGAUGGCGUUGGUGGGACUCUCGCAGCGUGCUGCUCCUUGCUUCUGACCGGCAGAUUUUGUUAUGUUUUUGCAAGAAGUCGGAAGCUUCAGGCUUGGGUCUAGGUCCACCUGGUUCCAAACCGACACUCCAAAGUACAAUACAACCUUACCUCAAUGAACCGUCUGACCAUUGUCUACACCACUACCACAACAGUGGGUUUCUUUCUUGUUUCAAACGUAAGCCAAAGUUAAAGAGAUAAUCGCAUGUGCUCCACUUCACUCCCUACAGACAAGAGUCACUUCAUGCAUAAAAUGUGCUGGGACUCGUCACGCCAACACAGUCUCUUGCUGUCCUUUAUAAUGGACGUUACCAGUUGAUGUGCUAUAAGGGACUGUAUUCUGGGUGAGAGCGUUGACAUUAAGCUGAAAGAAAAAAAAUCACCAAAUGGCUUUGACAGAACCAUCAUUUUAAAACAGCUAAAUGCCAUUUCUCCAUGUUUUUUGAGAAGAAGCUCAGUGAAAAACCCAAUUUUACAAAGGGAUUUUGGAAACCUUCCUCCUAGCAUGAAUAAGUACGAUAG